AUGCAUGCAGCAGAACCUGCUGGUUCACCAGGAUUUGCAGCUUGUCUGGUGGAAAUCCAGCUGGUCGUCGUAGAACUCGUCAAACACCUUGGUGAUACUCAAGUAUCUCUUAAGAGCCAGUCCAAGGUUGGUGACUGCUUCUUUGUCGUUCUUGUCACCAAGUGCCUUUCUGUACUUUCUCAAAUAGCUUUCUGCGCUCUCAACCAAGAACCAGAUCGACUGCAUGAUGUGCAAGUCCUUGAGUCCAUUUGGGCUUUCGUCGUUCUUGGUGAACGCAGAGAUGGUAUCGAUGGCCUUGUGGACGUUGUCUGCACGCAAAUAAUAUUUGGUGGUUUUGGUGUUGAUGAAUCUGUCCUGCAAGUCGAGUUUCAGACCUUCGUUCAUCACCGAGGCAGCUUGGUCCAGCUCGUUCAGUCUCUUGAAGAUACGGGCUUUCAUGAUGUACAGCUCGACCAGUGUUGGGGUGUGGCCAAUGGCCACGUCUAUCUUUUCCAAGGCAGCAGAGUAUUCCCCCACAUGGUAGUGGUGCUGGGCAAGGAAGUAUGCUGUCCAGCAGUAGGUGAGUGGCUCGUCCUUAGUGUUGUUGAAGAAAUUAGAAACGAUCGAGUAAAUGGUGGCAGCGUUGGACUUGCUCUUGUACAACGGCUUCACAUUGACAAACGUGGAUGGAACACCCCGUUUGAGUUGUCCCACGAUCACCAUUCCUGUUUCUUCGAUCCGGUCGAGAUCUUUCAAAGCUGCCUCGUAAUUGCCGGCCUGCGAAAUGACCUCGUUCCGGUAAAGCAGACAUUCGGAGUGCUCAAAGUAGUCCGAUUCUUGCAGCUUGUCGCUGAUCAAAUCUUCAAUGCGGCCAAGAACUUUUUCAGCGUUCACCAGGUCUCCGUUCAGAUGAUGUGCCACAGCAGAAGCGGUCCAGUUGGCACGGUAACCCGGCUGGUCUUCCAGGUACCCGAGUCUCGACUUUGGCAGAUUCUUGUAGUCUCUGAUCUGACUCUGCAUGGUGCUCAAAUCACGCAGAAUGUUCUUGUUGGUGGAACCGUUGUCCAUGGCAGCUUGAUACCAUUUGGCCGCUUGCUUGUCUUCCAAAGCGUAGAACGAACCUUUGGCAAACACCGUGAGCGGGAUCUUUUCCUCGAUACCAAGCUCCUUCAAUCUCGGCGGAAGUCUCUGAGAGAUCUGGCGCAAGUAUGGCAAGGAGAACUCAUUGAAAUCAGCAGGACUCAGCUCUCCACCCCAACUCUCGAAAACUUGCAACAUCUGAGCACCAGCCUUGACUUGCAAGGCCAAGAACUCCACAGCCACGUCGGUGGUCAUCUGCAAAAGUUGGUGGGACUCCUUCGGGUACUUGAACAGCCACUCCUUGACAAAUCUGUAGAUCUUGGAUCCUCCUCCUUCAAUCAUGUAGCACAUCAAAGUCCAUGGGGCUCCGCAGAACCCAAGCAAAGGAACACGGCCAUUCAGCUUGUGUCUCGUGGUGGUUAUGGAAUUGAAUGCCCACGCCAAUUCCUUUGA